AAAUCCCUCUGGAGAUUCCAAGUCUGCAGCUCACCAGUUCCUCCUAUCCUAUCCAUCCAUCCAUCCAUCCUUCUCUCUCUCUCUCUCUCUCUCUCUCUCCGUCUUCACACGCGCGACUCGCGACUCGCUCUCGCUCCAGCUGCAGCUGAUUCGUCUCCGAUUUCGCAGGCAGUCCACUCUCUCCAGGAAGAUGGAAGUAAGAGGGGGCUGAAGAAGCUUUUCAGUUUUAUCACUUUGACUGUUACUAGGGAAAUGUGUGGAGGGAGAAUCAACUUUGGGAGCCUGGAAAAAACUCUGCCUCAAUCAUCAAGAACAAAAUUCUCUAAAAGCAAAAGUUCUGGUAUGGAAUUUGAGUCAGAUUGGACAAAGCUCCGAAAGACCUCAGCAUAUGCUGCAUUAGCAAUCCGUUCAGCCACAUCUUUCAUGCCUUGGUCCUGUAAAAUUCCUAUAGCUGAAGGUUACCAUGAAUUUCUCUAAUUAGAAGCCUUCCUUUCGAGUUUGCUCGUCCUUAGGGAGGUCAAUCCAUUGAUACGAGAUCCAUUCGGUCUUUUCAAAAGUGCAUCGUCAUCUUGAGAAAUGCCCGGUUUUGUGAGUGAGAAGAAAAGAUUAACUGAACAGGCCAUGUGUUUCUCCAAUUCAGUCCACCAAAGCACUCCAGUUCGUUCGAAAAGUAAACUUCCUGUAGCAACUCCAAUUGCUGAUGAUUUUGGCAGCCCCAUUCUUCCUGGACUGCCUGAUGAUGUGGCUAAGCAUUGCCUUGCAAUUGUUCCUCGUUGCAACUUUCCAUCAAUGGGUGCUGUCUGCAAGAAGUGGAGGUCAGUGCUUCAAAGCACAGAAUUCCUUACCGUGCGAAAAUUAGCUGGGGUUGUUGAGGAGUGGCUGUAUGUGUUAACUAUGGAUGCUGAAGGGAAGGGAAGCCACUGGGAAGUCUUGGACUGUUUGGGACAUAAGCACCGGCAACUUCCACUGAUGCCUGGUCCAGUGAAAGCCGGGUUUGGAGUGGUGGUUCUUAAUGGAAAGCUACUUGUCAUGGCUGGUUACUCAUUGGUAGAUGGAACAUGCUCUGCCUCUGCAGAAGGUUACCAGUAUGAUUCUUGCCUCAACAGUUGGAGCAAACUAGCAAGCAUGAAUGUGGCUCGCUAUGACUUCGCUUGCUCAGAAGUCAAUGGACUGGUAUAUGUGGUUGGAGGCUAUGGAACUGAAGGUGAAAGUCUCUCCAGCGCUGAAGUAUACGACCCUGAUUCUGACAAGUGGACUCUCAUCGAGUCUCUUAGGCGACCAAGGUGGGGAUGCUUUGCAUGCAGCUUCGAAGGGAAGCUCUAUGUGAUGGGUGGACGCUCAAGCUUCACCAUUGGGAACUCAAGGUUCGUUGACAUAUACAAUCCCGAGCGGCAAACCUGGUGUGAGAUGAAGAAUGGAUGCGUCAUGGUCACUGCCCAUGCCGUGCUUGGAAAGAAGCUCUUUUGUAUGGAAUGGAAGAAUCAGAGGAAGCUUGCCAUAUAUAAUCCAGAAGAUAAUUCCUGGAGGAUGGUGCCCGUUCCUCUUACAGGGAGCUCAAGUAUAGGGUUUCGAUUCGGUAUAUUGGAGGGGAAGCUCCUGCUAUUUUCACUUGAAGAGGAUCCAGAGUACUGUACAUUGUUAUACAAUCCCAAUGCUGCCCCGGGUUCUGAAUGGCAGACUUCUGAGAUAAAGCCAUCGGGUUUGUGCUUGUGCAGUGUGACAAUAAAAGCAUGAAGCUUUUAACUACUCGAACCCAAGAGUUCCGACGAAGUUUGGAAUGUACCAUCUCCGUCCUGUAUACACUUGGUUAACUUGCACUUUUUUUAAAUCAGGUCCCGAGACCAGAUUGUUUCUUUUGACUGUGGCUUGUUCUUCUGAUUGUCAUGCUUGGAUCACAUUUCUGAAUGUUUUUAAGGACUGCAUCUUUGAUA